UAGAGCUGCAGGCACAAAAAUAAGGAUUUCCAUAGUCUGGGCCAUCUUUCAGAUAAACUGUAGCUAGAAAUAAUUUGUACACUUAAGAAUUAUGGUAACGUAGUUAACAAUACAUAUGGAGAAGAACAGGUAAAUGGAACACAGAGGGAAAAUGGGAGGAGGAAAAGAAGGACUCUUCAGUCAGUUUUAUAUGAUUUUUGGAUCCUCAGCAGCUUAAUACAAAUUUGGUGUAGCUGAUGAACCUCCCCACUUCAAUGAAUGUACUGUCAGUGGUAGACCUAUUAUUUCUACAUUUCAUAGUUUUAUGUGCAGGCAAAAUCUCCUGAUGCUCCUGAAGCACUGACUUCCCACUUGAGUAUGUGGGAGUGAUCUUUCUAUCCUCAAAGUAAGGCACAAAAGUCAUGACUUUGACAGCUGACAAAUACACCUGAGAUAUGCCCCGAGUUCGUUGACAUCCUAGCUAGGGUAGGGCGUUUGGUCAGGUUUAUGCAGCCGCAGAGGAUCACAAAGCUCUCCAGCACUAAUCGGGUUAAUAUUUCACUACCCCUGAUGGAGAGCGUUCAGGGGAGGAGAGCAGAAAUCAGGGACUCCAGCUGCGCUGGGGAUUUCCGCCCUGAGAAGUCCCCCCGUUUCAGAUAAUAUGCUUUUUAUUUCUUAGCUCUCUUUCGCACACCUUCUUCCUCUUUCGUUUUCAGCUUUCUCAGUCUUGUCAGUUUGUCUGUCCCCUGUUGGUGUAGUCACAUGUUUAGGCUUAGAUGCCUUUAAUCCCACCCUCGCUGCCUGAGAGGGAGGAGAAAAAUUUGCAAGGGAGAAGUGAGUAAUAAGCAGAGUGGCAAGAUAAAACAGGAAACAUUGCUGCAUGGACUCCCUCUGAUAGAAGCUGGAAGUCUGGAUGGUGGAAAGCCCGUGCUGCCGGAGAGCAGGGAAAAAGAAAGCAAGAGAUGCGCCAGAUCUACAGAGAGCCGGGGCUCCUGCAGGCUCCAGGAUGUCUCCUGACUCGCAAGGCGAGGCUGGCUGCAGAGGAGAAAAGGGCUCGAUCAAACUGUGCAGGUUCGGCACCCACUGCCCCAGUGAUAUCUUGCCAUCCAGAGCAGAUGCAGAAGUGGUGAAGGAAUGAAGGCAUGAGAAGAGAAAGGGUGCCUUCCUUCUCCAGGAGCCAUGUUACAGCACAGCUGGCAGCUCUACAGGAGGUGGUGCCGUUGGUCCAGCCCCUUCAUCCAUCUUCUCACGCUGACUGUGGUGACGUUUGGUGUGCUGGCUCCUUUGAUUUGCCACCGGCUCCUCCACUCCUAUUUCUACCUGCGGCACUGGCACUUGAAUCCCAUGAGCCAGGAGUUCCUGGAACAGAACCAACAGGAGGGCCAGGCUGCCCUCCGCUACUUUGAGGAGCUGCAGAUACUAAACACCUCCAAGGCUCCUGGCAGUGAGGCCUUCCGGCCCUUGCUGCUGGUUACCAUUAUUACCGUGCAGAGGAGGAGCGAUUUCCACUAUGUCCUGCAAGUGGCUUCCCGCUUCCACCACCUCCUCCAGCAAUGUGGUGCACACUGCCAAAGCCACCGUAUCCUCCUCUGUAACGUGGAGCCAGACCCCAGUAGCCACCAGGAUGUCAGGCUGCUGAGCAGUUUCUUUCCUAUGGUCAGUCGCAACAAAAGCAGGGAGGACUCUGACCCUGGAGUGAAUCAGUUUGAGAAGGAAAAGCAGGACUAUGUCUUCUGCCUGGAGCAGUCACUGUUGGUCUACAAUCCAGAAUAUAUCCUCAUAGUGGAAGACGACGCUGUGCCAGAGGAAGAGAUUUUUCCUGUCUUGCAGCACCUCUUGCUGGCCCGGUUCUCCAAGCCAUACCUCAGAGAUGCCCUCUACUUCAAGCUUUACCACCCUGAGAGGCUUCAGCGCUAUUUCAACCCUGAGCCCAUGAGAAUUCUGGAGUGGCUAGGUUUGGGAAUGUUUCUAGGGCCGAUGCUGAACUUUGUCUACUCCUGGGCAACUGGCCACCCAAGCCUUAGUUGGCCCAUUGUCUUGUUCUUUGCUUUGUACAGUAUGGCUUUGUCAGAGCUGGUGGGACGCCAUUACAUGCUGGAGCUGCGUCGGCUGGCCCCCCCACUCUAUAAUAUUGUGCCCGUUACUGAAUGCUGCACGCCUGCCAUGCUGUUCUCUGCUCCUUCUGCCCGCCGUGCCUUAGGUUACCUGAAGGAGCUGCACUGCCGCCAGGGUUUUGCUAAGGAUAUUGCCCUCUACUCGCUGCUACAAACUAAGGGGGAGAAUGCCUAUGUGGUGGAACCCAAUCUGGUCCAGCAUGUAGGCUUGUAUUCCAGUCUUCGGCUAAACGAUAACCCCAAACUGUUGUGAUCUGCCCAUGCCAUUCUAGAUAAAGCCAGGAGAACUUUGCCACUGAGCAGAGAGACAGCGUACAAAUUCAGAUGCUGUGCCACUCGCACAGAAUGUGCUAUGCCUCCAAGUGAAAUUCUCUUAAGAAAAGGAAAAUUGUUAAAGAAUAAACUUGCGUUCAUUCAGGUCCUACGUAAUAAAUGCCUUCAACUAAUCAUCACACACCUUGUGGGAGGGAAGUGGAGACUUUCAGCUGAAGGUUUGGAUUAUGUACUCUCCUUAAUCAUUCUAAGGGAAGAACUCUCAUAUAAACAGAUGCACUGCCUACUUCCCUUAAUAGUAGCUACAGAAAUCCUCACCUUAGGAAACAGAAAUGCUGGCCAAAGUGAAUGCUUCAAAUUGCAGCCCGUAAGGAGUAAAAGCUCUGAUUUUCCUGUCCUUGACCAGGUCUGAUCUCUGACCUCUCUCCAUUUCAAAGGUACACUUCUGAGCAGACCUUUCAAAACCAGCAUGUGUGUAAUGAGAACUCUCCCCCAAAUUUCAUGUAGACUCUCCACAUUUUACUAAUCUGCUAUUUGUUAUUGCCUCCCCCUACAGGUCCUAUCCGUAUCUCCACCUUUCCCACUCCUCUUUCUUGGAAAAGCGGCUCUUAAAAACAAAGCCUCCGCUGCUUUAUUAAAGGUCAUCUCUGAAGACAGGAAUGGUAAAACAGAUUAACAGCCUUCAGUGUUACACAGGCAGGCCCCAAACGCAUGUUCUCAUUGAUAUAUCCUAAACAACACAGGGUAACUUACAUGGUGGUAACACUAUUAGUCUUAGUGAAUCCGGAUCCUUAAAACAAACCUUAUUAGUUGCUAAUUUGACUUUGAUUUCCUAUCAGCACAGAAGCAAAGGAAAGAUCAGGGUGCUGCCAUCAUGCAGGAGUCUUCUUUCAUUCUGGAGCUGUAAUUCACAGCUCUGGCUAGUGGUUCAUUUGCUGUUCCUAGCGGCAAACACAGUGGCCACGAGAAACAAAGCCAGCUGUUCAUAAAAACAAACAAUAACGCAACGUAUGAACGGCCACUCCUGUACGGACCCAGUAACUUAAUGUUUUCUGGCUGUUAGGCAUUUGGGAUAAGCUGCACUUUGUAGUGCAGCUAAAUACAAAAAAAGAGUAUGCACAUAGAAACUUCUUACAGAAUCAGAAUUGCCACCAAAAUGUUUACGUCUAAUGAAAAGCCCACUUUGACUUCAGUGGGCUUUGAAUCACAUUCACUUAUAGAUGGAGACUGGUUGAACUAUAUUUGAAACCAUUUCUCUAGCUUCAGAAUGAACCAAGUAAAAUACUUUCACUGAGUUUUAGUUGGGGAUGUUUUUGGUUUCUUUGUUUUUUGUGAGGAAAGAGCUCUACUUACUUUCUCCCAUUUUCUCCCAGGUAAUUUAAGCCUUAAACUCAUAGCAAGUCCGGUCAGAGAUGGGAAAGGCAUAGAACCUGAGGGAUGAAACCAAAGGAAGUAUGUGUGAAUCUCCAGCUGUCUGCCCAUGAUGGGUAUCCAGCCUGUACAAAUGUGCAAUAUAAAUGCAUAACGCAAGUUAGCCAAUUAGAAAUAGGUUCAGAGCGUGGAGUAGUGCAUGCUCAGGCAAAUGAACUUCACCCACUCAUUAGCUCAGCUGGGAUACUUUUAUUGCAUCUUUGGAAAUUAGAUGUGAGAAGACUGACUUGCUUGCAAAUUCUGUGAUGUCCUUCAAAGGGCAAAACACAGGAAAUAGAUCAUUUAUUCUUAGCUGCUGAAAACCUCAAAGAUACCACAGAAUGGUAACACAGAAACACCACCAGCAGGUGGGCAAACCUAUUUGCAAUCUGUACUAUAACAUGGUAAGAUGACAGGACUUGGGUGUCAUUGUAUAUUUAUUCCACUAAGUGCCUGUGCAUGUGAGGAAAUGCAGCUUGUUUAACGUUUAUCCUUCUUUAAGUGUUCAAUGUUUCAGUGUGGUGUGUUGUCAUUUCUUCACUUUUUUUUUUAAAAUCUUUGUACUGUAUAACCCAGAACAACACCCUGGUUGUUUUCAUGACAGUCCAUUCAUACUCAUUUUUGCAAAGAAAAUCUCACAGAAAUGUGCAAUAAACUACUCACUUUAUAAGAAAGAGAUAAAAAACAAACCUUAAGAAAAACAAAUGACAAUAUGCAGUUAAUAAAUGUUUUCAUGUGGGAAAUGAUUUAUCAAUGUCUCUACAUUAUUUUUCUUUUUGCACAGUAGUACCUAAUUUGUAUUCCACAGAGGUCAAACAGAGAUUCCUCAAUAAUCUCACUAAGCGUGGAUCAGGUUUUACACCUGAAAAUUAAGAACAUGAACUUCAGGCAUCCAUCCUAAACGAGAAGACAAUUUUCAGGCCAUAAAAGCCAAGAAAGGCUGGCUAGCAGAAUCGUUUCCAAACAAUACUUGGAGAGGCUAAAAUUUUAACCUGCUAGUGAAAGUUUCUGAUAAACCCAUCAAAAAAAGAAUUCUUUUGUGCAAGCAAUAGUUAUCCUGUUUGCUAGCAUCAAGUUAAUAAAUUCUUUAGGUUCUUCUAGAAUUAUUAUCCUAGGUGCCUAAUUCAUCUUUACAACAUAGCUGGUCCUUUCCACUGCAGUUGCUGGUAGCAACUUCUGAGCUUUCAAGUACUUACUUACUUAUUCAAUGCCUACCAUUGUGGCAUCUCAGGCAAGCAUUUAGCAUCAGGAGAAACAUUCAUAGUACAUGGUUCUUUCCUUCUUCUGCAUCUGGACUUUGAAAAGCAUAUUUCUUUCUGUUUCUGUCUUCUGUGCUAUGUGUUUUAUUAGAAAUUCCAAGUCGGAGAAGUGUACUUUGUCCAUGGAACCAAAAAAAGAGAGGACAGUAUUUUGUUCCACAGUUUAGGCUAAAAAUUCAGUUUCAGAUAAGCAAGUCUUAGCUUUUCUGUUGUGCCAGCGAGGCAGAGCUCAAUUGUCAUAUCUCAGGCUACAGAAGAUCAAGGGCUAGCAUUAAGUCUUUCAAAUACGAUCUUAAGAGAUUGUUUCACCUAUAUUAAAACAAAUCGGAUUGACAGAUCUUUUUUAAAGAAAUAGCAUGUAUUUUUUUCAGGUGAUGGUUCAUUCCCAAGGACUCUGAUACCAUUUCUUAAUAUAAGAACUAUAGCUUGCACAAAAGGAUUCUUUUUCACGGGUCAGGCAGCUGUCAGGCAGCUCAAGGCACCACUGUCCAAAACAAUUUGGGGGAAGUACUCCUAUUAAACAAAAGACUGCCUUUUUUUCCAAGUUAUGUCCAACAUAAUUUUGAUUUCUGGCAGAACACAAAGUGUAGAUUGGUAAUUCUCUAUCUGAUUAGAAGCCCAAGAAGAUUUUAAAACAACAGAAGGUAUC